GUGGCACGCCAAAAAGUCAAAAUUGGCAGAGACAAACAUAUAUUGAUUGUAUAGAGAGGAGAGGGUUCACUCCACGCUUGUUUAUUGGGGAAAGAAGGAAAAGAAAAACAGUUGAGAAUAUGGCGAUGGCAAAUUUGGCAAGACGGAAGGUGUUGAAGAGCGGCGUGAUAUUUAGGUAUUCAUUAUGUAGAGGGUUGGCGUCGUCGGGAUCUGAGGAAAACGAUGUGGUUGUUAUCGGCGGCGGUCCCGGAGGGUACGUGGCGGCGAUUAAGGCUGCUCAGUUAGGGCUGAAAACUACUUGUAUUGAGAAGCGUGGUACGCUCGGUGGAACUUGCCUCAACGUUGGCUGUAUUCCUUCCAAGGCUCUUCUUCAUUCCUCUCAUAUGUACCAUGAGGCGAAAACUAGCUUUGCUAAGCAUGGUGUUACCUUCGAUAAUGUUAAGGUUGAUCUUGCUGAAAUGAUGGGUCAAAAAGAUAAAGCCGUAUCCACUCUCACAAAAGGCAUCGAAGGCCUUUUUAAAAAAAACAAAGUCACCUAUCUCAAGGGCCACGGGAAGUUCAUCUCCCCUUCUCAGGUUUCUGUUGACACCGUUGAUGGUGGGACUGCUGUUGUCAACGGCAAGAACAUCAUAAUUGCCACCGGCUCUGACGUCAAGGGAUUACCCGGGAUCACCAUCGAUGAAAAGAGGAUCGUAUCAUCCACUGGAGCUUUAGCUUUGACAGAAAUCCCCAAGAGGCUCAUCGUCAUUGGGGCUGGCUACAUAGGCUUGGAGAUGGGCUCUGUCUGGGCCCGUCUCGGCUCAGAGGUCACCGUUGUGGAAUUUGCACCAGACAUCGUCCCCACAAUGGACGGUGAGAUCCGUAAGCAAUUUCAACGCUCCCUCGAGAAACAAAAAAUGAAGUUCAUGCUCAAAACUAAAGUGGUAGCGGUCGACACUUCUAGUGACGUUAUCAAACUGACCAUCGAACCAUCAGCUGGUGGUGAUCAGUCUGUACUAGAGGCUGAUAUUGUUCUUGUUUCCGCGGGUAGAAGCCCGUUCACAUCUGGACUUGGUUUGGAGAACAUCGGUGUUGAAACUGACAAAAUCGGCCGAAUCCCUGUAGAUUCAAGAUUCUCGACGAAUGUAAAGGGCGUUUUUGCCAUUGGUGAUGUGAUUCCAGGGCCUAUGUUGGCUCACAAAGCUGAAGAAGAUGGAAUUGCUUGUGUGGAAUUCAUUGCAGGAAAGGAAGGGCACGUAGACUAUGACAAGGUACCGGGUGUUGUUUACACGCAUCCGGAGGUGGCAUCUGUAGGAAAAACAGAGGAGCAGGUUAAGGAACUUGGAAUCGCAUACACUGUAGGGAAAUUUCCUAUGCUGGGAAACAGCAGAGCAAAGUCGAUCGAUGAUGCUGAAGGGAUGGUGAAGAUAAUAGCUGAGAAAGAGACGGAUAAGGUGUUAGGUGUUCACAUCAUGUGCUCAAAUGCUGGAGAACUGAUCCAUGAGGCUAGCUUGGCUUUAACAUAUGAGGCUUCAAGUGAGGACAUUGCACGCACCUGCCAUGCUCAUCCUACAUUGAGCGAGGCUGUCAAGGAGGCUGCCAUGGCCGCUUACGACAAGCCUAUUCACAUAUAGGCUCAAGCCAUCCACUUUUAUUUGAAGAAUAAAUAAUAUGAGCAUGGAUGGAAUAAUAAUUCUUUUGUUAUUGGGUGUUAUAUCUACGGCUCAUCAACUAUUUUGCGCUAGAUGUCUAGUGCUAUAGGUGUGUGUAUUUCUUCAUCUGCCAAUUUUGUUUCAUUGGUCGUGUCCUUUUCUUUUAACAAAAAUACAUACAUGUUCUAAAAAA